AUGGCUAAUUUAACAAGUACUCCUCCACCUAUAUCAUCAAAUGCAAUUGACGAUGAUAAAAAUUCAGGAAAAUUAAUUAUAAAGGCUCAAUUAGGUGAUGAUAUUCGUAAAAUGAUGAUACAUAAUGAAGAUUUAACUUUGAAUGAACUUGUACUUAUGAUGGAACGUGUUUUCUCUGGUAAAAUCUCAAAUUCUGAUGAAUUAACAAUUAAAUAUUUAGAUGAUGAUGGCGAUAAAAUAACUCUAUUGAAUGAUAGUGACUUAACAGUUGCAUUGCAUUUUCAUAAACUUCUUCGUUUAUUUGUUUUUGUUAAUGGUAAUGAUUUAACAAAUACGAAUACAACAGACAAUGCUAAUAAAGAAGGUGACUUAGUUGAUGCUAAAACAUUUCGUCAUGAAUUACAACAAAUUCGUAAUUCCGUACAAACAAUUCUUGAUCGACUUCAAUUGUCAACCAAUGAAGUUCAACCACCACCAGCAUCAAAAACAGCAACACCUGCAAUUGCAACACCUCCUGUUGCUUCCGGUACAACGCGUGAAUUUGAUCCAUAUAAAAAUGUACAACAACAACAGCAACACCAACGUCCAGCUACUCCAGAUGGGGUACAAUCGAAUUCAAAUCGUCUAAUUAAUAAUGAACAACGAGCAUCACCAACAGUUGAUAUAAAACCAGUCGAUGCAACUAAUAUGAACCACACUCAACCAUCACCACACAUGCCAGCACCUCAUUUUAUGCCAACAGUUUAUAAUAAUGAUCAGCAAGUUAAAACGAAUGCGUUUGGUCCUCCACCAACAUCGUUUGUUGGUAUGCCACCUUUACCAACAAAUAUAGCUCCUCAAUAUGCUCCACCAGCUGGAAACAAUCCAAACAAUAAUGCACCACCAACAUUGAAUUCUACACCAACUCCACCACCUUCAUCAAUGGGGCAACCAUCUGGAUUUAUUGGCCAACAGCACCAACCGCCACCUCAUCCACAGCAAGGCGGAUUUUAUGGUCAACAACAAAAUUUUUUUCAACAAAGACCACCUGUUACAAAUUUUAACGCUAACAAUGCAUUUGCUCCACAGCAAACAGCGCCACAAACAUCUAAUUCAACACCAGCAACUAUCAAUCCAUCCUAUGUUCAGCCACCACCCAUGGCUUCUCAACAACCUUACGGAGGUUAUGCUCCACAAAAUGCAUAUUAUAAUCCAGUUCAACAAUAUCCAAAGACAUCAUAA